CGCCGGUAUAAAAGCGCGCCGGCAGCACCGGAGAGAUGCAGUCAGUAGUAGCCUGGUUACACAGAGCCUACUCGAGCUUCAGCACUAACCACAGCGAGAGCAGCAUCAGCACCAGCAGCAUCAGCACCAACAGCCAUCAUGGUUCUCAUCUGGACGCAGUUUGGCGUGAAGCAUAAGAACGUCAAAUGCAAGGUGCGAGUAAUCCACGGCGAGGAAACCUGGACCUCAGAGGAGGUUCAUGAGGACCCUGAGAUUCCCAGUCCUCCUUCUUCACCAGGGUGUGUGGACCACUAUGCUGUGUUAGGGGUGCCAAGCGACUCAAACGAGGAGGAGAUUAGACGUGCAUACAAGCGGCUGGCACUGCGCUACCAUCCUGACAAAAACUCAGAUGCGGAUGCAGAGGAGAAGUUUAAGCAGAUUGCACAAGCCUAUGAAGUCCUCACAGACUCAGAGAAGCGCAGCCUCUAUGACCAGCAAGGUUUGUCUAAGGGAACAUCUUCUGCUAAAGCAGACCCCACCCCCAGUGGCCCCAAGACCGACACCCAUGCCUGGCGUAUGUUCUUCAACUUUGAGUUUGACUCAGAUGAGGACCUUUUCAACCCAUUCCUGAGAAACCCUCAACCCCACCUUGGCCGCCAUAGCAACAAGACUGGGCCCCACCCUGGAGGCGUAACCGAAGUGCAUGACCUCCAAGUAUCGCUGGAAGAUAUUCUGACAGGUGUUACAAAGCGUGUGAAAGUCACUCGUCUCCGACCCACAGAAAAAAACACACUUCAGCCAGAAGAACGAGUGAUCGACGUAGAGGUGAAGAAAGGAUGGAAGGAAGGGACAAAGAUUACCUUUCCCGGAGAGGGACAUGGAGCGAAUGACCUCACGUUUGUGGUUAAAGAGAAGAAGCAUGCCCACUUCAAACGGGAAGGGUCCAACAUAGUCUACACAGCCACCAUAACGCUUAGAGAGGCAUUAUGUGGAUGUACAGUUAGUGUCCCCACCCUUGAUGGCCAAACUAAGCCUGUCCCCUGCAGUGAUGUCAUCAAGCCUGGCUCAGUGAGAAGACUAAUAGGGGAGGGGCUUCCCCGGGCUAAGAACUCAGCCCAGCGUGGUGACUUGAUGGUGGAAUUCCAGGUGGUGUUUCCUGAGCGUAUCCCGCCAUCCAGCAAAGAGAUCAUAAAACACAGCCUUGGACAAUGCUAACGCCCUCCUGUAGACACACAGAUCUAACGAUGGCUACAGCAUCCAAUUUUUUGUCUCUGUGAGGCAUAUUGUGUGCCGGACUGUACACACACGCACACAAGAUAGCAAUUGUCACAAGUAGUCCAUAGAUUUUAGGCAGCCACACAUUGCACUUAGAUACAACACCUGUAGUCAUAAGACCUACAGGUACACACAAAAGCAGACACUGAUACUGUACACACAGAGGUGCUACUCUUGAAGAAUUAACACACAUCCUGUAUGUAGCAGGAAGUGACAUGCUCUAUGGGAAAGGGCUUGAUGGACUCCUGUAGGAAAUCGUUGUUCCUAUGAUGACCAUCUCAACUCGCUCUAAACAAUGACAAAUUUGUACUUGUGUACAGAAUCGUCAAUUACUUAGUCUCUAUGAGAGAACCUGUGUCAUGUUUCAAUGAAUUAUUUAUAAAGGAUAACUAUAGAAAGAUUUCAAUGUGCUCUAUAAUCUGGCAUGUAGGCUGAGACUGUAUGAAAAGCAUGGUUUUUUUAUGUACAAAUAAAGACUUUACUUAAUAAAA